UACACAUGUAGUUUGACUCCUGGGGUCUUCAGCAACAGAGCUGGGCCGGUACCGGUGCGCGUGCCCUCACUGAGUCUGCGCGUUCCCGCGGCCUGUAGGAGGUCCAAUAUAACGGAGCCAAAGAUCAUCAUCACCAUCAUCAUCAUCAUCCCAGAGGAAAGGCCCAGAGAGUACAUGCCCGACACGCCUCAUCCGGAGCGGAAAGAUGAGUUUACGAGUCUGAUCUCAAACGUGUACCGUGUUCGAUUCGGGGAUUUGAGUGCAGAUCCAGAGGUUCGGCCGCCUGUCGGUUCGACUGCGUGACUCCAGCAACAUGCGUGUGUGUAACUGAAGCGCAUGCAUCCGAUCAGGACACGGACUCUCGGAACCGAGUCAAGCCGUGGAGCAGACGAUCCAAAGCUCACGGGUUCACCGAUCAUCCUCAUUCGCUACAUGUGACCGAACCGAACCGUCCGAACCCAUCUGCAGCUUCACCAGCGGGCUGCGCGUUAGCACGGCAGGACAGUACAGUAUGGCUCCCCAUCUGGACGCGGCCCGCAAAUUGUUCUGGAUCUUAAUGAAGUCGCUGCUCCGUUUCUCCUUCAUGUUUGUCAAUAACUGUGUUGCGAUCCCAUCCUACUGCCUCUACCUGAUAGUCCUGCAGCCUUUAAGACUUCUAGAUGCCUCGACGUUCUGGUACAUCGAAGGGGUCAUGUUCAGGUGGUUACUGGCCAUGGUGGCGUCUUGGGGCUGGUGUGCGGGUUACACAGUGACAGAAUGGGGUGAUGAUGUGAGACCAAUGUCUGAAGAUGAGGCCAUGGUUAUAGUCAACCAUCAAGCUACAGGAGACGUGUGCACCCUAAUGAUGUGCUUGCAGGACAAGGGCACGGUUGUACGAAAGAUGAUGUGGUUGAUGGACCAUGUUUUUAAAUAUACCAAUUUUGGGGUUGUGUCCCUGAUUCAUGGAGAUUUCUUCAUCAGACAGGGCAAAGCACAUCGAGAAAAGCAGCUAGUUUACCUGAAGGAUCACCUAGACAAGUAUUACUACAGCAGAGACAGGAAGUGGAUUGUGCUGUUUCCUGAGGGUGGCUUCCUAAGAAAGAGGCGAGAGACAAGUCAAUCUUUUGCCAAAAAGAAUGACUUGCCUUACUUGACUCACGUAACACUGCCACGGCUGGGCGCCACACAGAUUAUCCUGAAGACCUUAGGACCCCAGCAGGAAAACGGCAUCCUGGGAACAGACGGAAGUCCCCCAGGUCAAAGUAACAAAGCAAAAGGGCUACAGUGGGUAAUAGACGUGACUGUAGCCUACCCUAAUGCAAGACCCAUGGACAUUCAGACAUGGAUUUUUGGUUACAGAGAUCCAACAGUCACACAUGUACACUACAGGACAUACCCUAUAAAGGACGUCCCAGUAGAAUCAGAAGCGCUAACAGACUGGCUAUAUGAGCGAUUUGUGGAAAAGGAGAAACUUCUGGCUCACUUCUACAAGACAGGAGCCUUCCCUCCACUAGCUGGCCAAAAAGAGGUGACCUCUCGAAACAUGACCCUUGACAACGUUUGGCUGUUUUUCGUUCAAACGUUCGCCUUCGCCUCAGGCUACAUGUGGUACAGCAUUCUACAUCACAUCUACUGCUGGUUCUUCUGACCGCUCUGAGGAGACCGUAACGCGCAGGAUGGAGGAGAGAAACGCCAGAGACCAAGAGCCCCGAUUGCCAUUCUCCUCUGCCGGAUGGUUGAAUGUACCCCGCAGGACGACUCGAGUUGCCGUAUCCGAUCGCGGUCCCCAUCCUUACGUCGGUCGGCAGACAGACACAUCCACCCGAUCCCAGCUGCCCAUGCAGACAUGCAUUUAUCCUUUAGAUUUGCGUAGAACCAGUUCAACAUGUUUACACAUGCGUGCUCACAAGCAGAGAAAAUUAUGCACAUCUAAAUGUUUACCCAUGCACAUGUGGACACACCUCUGUUCUGUUUUUUUUUUUUUUUUUUUUUUUUUUUUUUUUUACAUUUUUACUUACAAUCAAAAUUAGGCUCAGGAAUAAGCCAGAGAUAGAUCUGUCACGUCCUCUUAUUUCUCUCAUGUCCUUCCACGUGAGCUUUCCCCCCUCCUUUUUAUUGUUAACUCCCAAACAGGACGACUGAAUUAUAAAUUUUUUUCAGAGACUUCUGUCCUCUUUGGAAGAGCCACCUCUGGCCUUCAUUGCACUAUGAAUCCUCGUCGCCCCCCAACGGAAGACCCUCGGUGUGUGCUGCCCUCAUGUCAUUUCUUCCUCUUGGCCGUUUCGUCUCGUUGACUGGAUGCUGUUUUCUGUGUAUUGUCAGUAUUGAAAGACAGUAGGACGAUCGUGAUGUUUACACUGACUGAAGGGGGAUUCGGUUUCGAUGGGGGGGAAAAAUUCAAACCUGGUUCUUGUUUUUAAACAAGGAGACUGCGUCCUCUGGAGAACUUUACACAAUCAACGCCAUACAGACACAUCCAAGCGCACCACAUGACUGCCACACGACCGAUUCGAUAGGACAAUUACCCCUCACCUCCAAAGUUUUACAAAUAUUAAGCCAUAUGCUUAUCUUGGGGUCAAUGGGGGCGGACAUUCUACUGACUGAACUUUUGUGUUUGUUCAUUGUCCUAAAAAAGAUUUUAAUUUGUUGUUUUGGGUUUUUUUUUUUGAGUCUCAAACUGGUCUCAUUUCUGUAAAUGUGACAGCAUAACCUGCCUGUGUGAUUGUGUGUGACUGCCCGUUUCGUUUUUCUAUUUUUUAGAUGCACAUACUGUCUGGUAGCUUCAUGUUAUAUCAGAGUGUUGGCAAAUAUCUGUUUAAUAGUUGAAAUUUUACUUUCGUUUUCCUCAUUCUGUGGUUAAUCUUGUACAGGAAGGAGUCUGAGCUUCGGACGCUCUCGGCGUUUUUACUUCUGAAAUAUCAUGAAUGUUUAGGAAAGACGGAGAAAAAGCAGCAAGGAGCUUCUGUCCCGGCAGGUAUCAGUAUCUGAGCGUCACCUCGUCAGCCGUUUACCGCGGUGAUCGCGUGGGCGCGAUUCUGUUCAUCAAAAGAAACCGUCGUAAAACUGCUGCCACGCGGAAGGCAUCAGAGGCGUAGACUCAGCUUUGUGCCGAAAAUAUUUUAGACUAGCUUUAGACUAUCUUGAGGAACAUGGAAACGUUAUCCUCAAGCUUGAGACAAAAUUGCGUAUUUCAUGUGUGAAAUUACGUCUGUUUGCGUCUGUCGGUGGGGAAGAAUGCCGUGAGUCCGUCUACGUGUGCUCCUCAUGUCGAAAGGUAAAACAUAGAAGCAAGGUCCAGCAAUAAUGUACUCAAAUGCCCACGUUGUGGCGUAAAGAAACGAUGCUUAGAUGUACAAAUUAGACAUUUGUAGUUGAAAACAUUGCACCGUAAUUGUCAUCCCCCUCCCCCUUUAACCGAAGCCAUGUCAUCUGUGAAAGUGAACUUUGUUUCUAAUAGCUUGCCAGAUUGAAAUGUGAAUGACGCCAGAAGACUAAAGCCAAGUUAGAUGCGGACUGCAUUCAGAGCAGGCUACGUCACCGUGAAUUUCACCCCGAGGAUCUCAGGCGACCUGGGGUUCCUCGUCUCGUUCUUGCUGUCUGUCAGAUUGAGACGUAACAUUGUUUUCCUAAGUAUGGUUUUAUGUUUUAAAAAAAAGUGUGAGAUAUAUCUAUAUAUUAGCAGUUUAACCAAAUUACAAUAGAAUGGUCCAUAAUUUUCAUUUUGUACUCCUGUUUCUCUCUUCCUAGCUACCCAGCCAUUUUACAACACAAAUUAAUUGUGCUGGAAUAAAAAUCAUGCGCAGCAGUGAACCACA